CGACGACGGCCUACUAGUGAUGGUUGCAGUCCUGCAAUAGCGACUCUCAAUUCGCACGACGGCCCAGUUUCGCGCCUUUCACCUCGCAGGCCUCCGGUGCGGAUGCCAUCAUCAUCCGACAUGGCCGCGUCCCGUCGCGGGCAGCCGCCCCUCUCUGUGCGGUUGGCGCCACCCUCCGCCGCGCUCGCCGAUCUCCCACCCAUCUCUGCUCUCUUCCUGAUCGACUUCGACGUCAAGGCCGGCUACACCAUCAUCUGGAAACGGGCCGUGCCGGGCCUCGAGCUGGAGGGCGCGGUCGAGUACAAGAGCCUGCCGUCAGGCCUCCACACCGUGACCGACGACCUCAUCUACUUUGUUCACGACGGCAGCCACGCCGGCCUGAGCGCAUUUGUCAACACCCCAACCGACGAAGAGGAGACACGCCAUGCGCGCAUGAUUUCCGUCGGCGUCUUGGUGCCCCUCAGUCACGGCCGCCUCGGGAGGGCUUGGCGACACGCCGAGGGCUUGAAGGAUCUUGCGGCCAAGCUUGCCGCGGAUCGGAAGCAGACGCAACUGCUGGAACAGUACUGGAGCCGGAAUGCAGCCAGCGAGACGACGGCCCCGCAGCCCUUGAAGGACAUCCCACUCGAAUCGCCUCUGCUCGGCAUCAAGACCGCGAGGCCCGGCUUGGGCAAGGGGCAUGCUAGGAACCGCUCCGCCUCGGACGGCACGGUGUUGAUACCGCCGGGCCACUGCCUGUCUCCAUUUCACCCGGCCUGGAGCCUGACCUCGCUGUUGGACACCUUCGGGCCCUUGGUCUUCCCGAUUCACCGCGCCGCUCUCCUGCGCAAGCGCAUCCUGAUUUCUUGCCAUGCCCCCGUGCAUGAGGUCUGCAACUUUGUGUACGAUAUUUCUGUCUUGUCCAAUAUACCCCUGUCCGUCUGCGACGUAAUAGAUCCUGCGGCCCCGGUACAGCGUCUCCGGCCGCUCUUUUGCGUGGGAGUCCACGACAUAUCCUAUCUACUCGAAUCCCAAGUAGCCACGAAGCGAGGUGGCCCGACUGUCGACCCUGACGACUACCCGAGCAACUCGGAGGACUCGAGCUCGGGAUGGGUAGCGUGCACCACUGACAGCAUCCUGGCCAUGAAAGAGGGGCUCUGGGACAUGCUCAUCACCAUGCCACCUCCCUAUUCUUCCAACGCCAAGCAGCGCGUCUGGCCGACUGUGGAAUGCCCCAAGGGCGUCCCCGUAAAGGCUACCCAGCGCGACCUGCGCCGGUUCCGUUCCCUCUGCCUCGGUCUCGCCCGAUUGGCCCCCCAUCCUCCUUCGCCCAAGCCACGCAGCUCGCAUUCGGAAGCAAGCGACUCACCCACCCCGGCUCUCCGCCUUUCCCAAACGGCCGGUUCCCGCUCCGGAACAGCAGCCGAGGACACCGAUGCGAUCGUCGAGCCCGUCACCUGGGCCGCGCUUGCCUACAACGGAUUCAUGUGGUGGGCGUCGGCCGGCGAGAAGCGGCACAGCGACGAGCUUGACGAGCAAACCCACGACGCCUCGCUGCUCGCCGAUCUCAUCCCACCGGUGUCCCCCGCCGUGCAGCAGCAGCAGCAGCAGCAACCCCGAGAAAGAAGGCCGAGCCUUACCGCUGCGGCUGCUCCGUCGGGGAGCGGUAUGAUACCUUCCCUCGCGCCGCUCACGGGGCGGCUUUCGGAUGAAGCAGAGGAGGAACAAGACGGAGACGACGGCAGCGAGGCGCAGGCCCGUAUCGAGCUGGCCGUCGUGGCGUACUUCCACCGCCUCACCACGACCAUCCUCUCGGUUCUGGCCGACAUUGUCGACUCGACCGACGAUGACGAUUUGCUCGAUCUUGACUUGAACGACGGGCACGAGGCGUAUACUUCCGAAUACGACAGUCCGGUCGGCGCUGCCGCAUCGUCGUCCGGUGCAGGAGACCGAGGCUCUAGCAGCCGGAGGAAAACAGGGCAAAGGAGGAGAGAGGAGGAGGAGGAGGAGGAGGAGGAAGAGGAGGAGGCGAGGCUGCUGGGCGCUACGGCAAGGGCAGCAGCGGCGGCAGCCGGGAGUGGCGAUGAGAGGAAUAGGAUGGGGUGGGUGAGAGUCGAUAGCGAUGCUCUUGCCGAGAUGGGGCUAGAUGUUUGGAGCCAGGCGGACGCGGACUUUGUGAGGGAGGUGUCGGUGCGCUAUUUCAACCGGAGAGCCCAUGUCGAGACCAAGGGGGUCGAGGUGUGCGGCUUGAGGGUCUGUUAGGGGUUGACCUUUCCAUGAGCGCGGGUUGUUGCUGGUGACGAAGCGGCUCCUUAUACCAAGUAUAUUGUAUCACAUAUGCGGAUUGGGACCCUUGAGGGAGUGUCCAUAGUAGGGUUGAGGAUGUAUGUAAUGGCAUCGGCCCAGCGAGCAUGCUUUUACGAAUUGGCUGUAUGUUGCGACUUGAUGCUAGUUUUUUUACGGAAAUUGUGGGCGUACCGC